AAAAAAGAAAAGUAGAUCAAUUGAAAUUUUAUACCCAAAACGAAAUAUUCUUACAACAAUAAGGUCUAUAUAUCUCAAACAUAAUUUAUUCCCACACAAUCGAUAAAUUUGCACGCUUGGAAGAUUAAAAGCGCAAAAUCCUGUGCAGGUUGAAGUUGUACCUGCCUAGGCUAGGAGUAUAGCACCCGCCUUAUCAACUCCCAGCCCCCCCACUUUGACGUUUCUGCAAAGUCAAUCUCAGAAGCUCAAGGCAUAUCUUAUUCCAUAUCAAAGAUGCCAAAGCGCUGACUCCGGAACCACUUUGCUUCUCUCCUCCAUCGACUGACAGAGACAAUGUGGAAAAUCUUUAUAUUCCUCUUCGGGUAUAAAUAGACAGAGAGAUACCAGUGGUAAUAAAAGAAUCAAGGUCAGAGCCUGUCUCUGUAUCUUUUGCUUCUCUUCACCCCACUCCUCCAUUCUAAUAGGCUCCCCCUGCAUUUGCAUUAUUGAUUAUACUACAAGAUUAAUUAUCUCUUCCAAAAGUCAGCGCCGUCCUCCUCGGGCCCCCUCUGAUUUUUCCACCUUUUGUCUCCCAUCUCCAAUUUGCAGAAUGCUACAGUACGCUAGUGGACAGGACAACACUGAUGAUUUUUAGCAUUAAGGAAAAAGGGGAAAAAAUAAAGCCUGUGCCCCUUUGUCUGUUUGUAGUUUUUUUUGGACUCUGAAGCCAAGCGUAAGCAGAGUGGUGGGAUUGGAGAACUGGAGGUGUGUGCACUAAAUAGUGUAUAUCCCGGCCCUGAUGAAUCGCUCAAUAUAUGGCUGAUGACUGGGAUUUGUAUGCGGUGGUGAGGAGCUGCUUCAACGCCGCUGCUGCAUCAACAGCCUCCUCAUCCACUACGACUGACGCCGCCAUAGCCCCUGUUGAGAACAGCAGCCUGCCAUCGGGAGAGACGCCGUCGUCGUCGUCAUUCCUAGCUUCUCCUUCAUUUCAAAGCGGCCACACUUCAUCUGAUUUUCCGGGCUUUGCAAAUCACACGAGGGACUCCUUUCGGGGACUCCAAGAAAUUUACAAGGAACCGUACGAGGAUAUAGUACAAUCUUUCGUCGACCUUAAUUCACAAGCUCAGCACAUCCAAGCAAUCCAAGGCCCUGGAUGCACAGCAGAUCAGACACCUCAACAGCAACGGAUAUAUGGACAACCACAGCAGCUGAUGCAGCAACCGCAAAGAUAUUCACACCUCAGCCGUGAGAUGUUUGUUGGUUCUUCCCUUUCUUUUCCAUCUACAAGUCCUCAGCCCGAAAGGCCGCGAAGAAGGAAAAACCAGCAGGCCAAGAGGAUUCAACAAAUGACACAAGAAGAAUUAUCAGCUGAUUCAUGGGCAUGGAGAAAAUACGGUCAAAAGCCAAUUAAAGAUUCCCCGUAUCCAAGAAACUACUACAGAUGUAGCACCUCGAAAGGAUGUACAGCGAGGAAACAAGUGGAGCGAUGCCCUGCGGAUCCUAGCAUGUACGUGGUCUCAUACAGCGGGGAACACUCGCACCCCCGUCCUACGCACCGGAGCUCCCUCGCUGGUACUACCCGCAGCAAAGUACCCCCCGCUGCCGCCGCCAGGCGCCCCACCACCACCACCGCUACUACUACUUCCACCACUAAUAUCCAUAACAUUGCCUCCUCAUCAAUAGCUUCUUGUUCUUCAUCAUCUCCAGCCUCUGCUUCCAGUUUCUCUCCAACCGCCACGCCCAUAACAGAAGGCGACAGUGGCGUAGACGAAAAUGUGGAUCAAGAGACUGCAGAUAACGAAAACAACAACAGCUGCGGCGCAGAAUUAUUAUUUUCAGGGGAGGAGGAGUUAGAGGGGUGGGCGGAUGAUGGUGAUGACGAUGAUGAAAAUGAUGGCGAUGGGAACGGGGAUGAUGAUAUUCUCAUUCCUAACUAUGCUCUCGUGAAUGAUGAUCGUUUCUUCAAGGGCUUACAUUUUAAGGACUAAAGUCUGAAGUGGUAGCCUGGUGAUAACUCGUAGUCGUACGUGACGUGGUACGAGGAUUUUGUUCUCAUCGCCUGCUGCGACGGCUGCUUAGUAGUUGGCCCGGGAAAUUCGAGACAUUUGGACUAGGACAUCCGCAAGCUGUUGUGGCCGGCAGCCGAAUUAAUGAGGUGAUCCUGAAAGAAAUAAAACUGUGUUUAUCCUCCACCCAACUUUCUUGUUUUCUUUUAGCCUGUGAUUCCUUUAGAUUUGUGACUUCAGCUUUAUCAAAGUAUUAGCAGCUUCUAAGGAUCAGUCAGUCGUGUACUUGUUGGGUGAAGUUUUGUGUAGAAUAAAAGGUGCCCAGCCACGAGCCAACCAUUCCAUGGAGUCAAA